UGUUUUUUCGCCCCCCCACCCCCGCCCAAGGGCUGGAUGGGGUCUCCGGGGGCUGGGUUUGGUUCCGGCUGCUGUCAGACCCUCUCGUUCAGCCCAAGGGCUUAGUGGCCCUAGGGUGGGCUCGCCCUGGGCCCCGGCUUACUCCAGUAUCAGCCUUCGGGAAGCUGAGUGAAUUCCUCGGUCUCCUAGCAACGAGGGACGGACUGCGGACUGAGCAAGCGGCGGCGGCGCAGCCCAAGCUGCCCAGGCGCUAGCCGGAACCCCGAGCCCGGCCCAAACGGGAGCCUAAACCCGGAGCUUGGAAGAAUAAGCAGGAAAUGGCGGACGAGGCGUUGUUUUUGCUUCUGCAUAACGAGAUGGUGUCUGGAGUGUACAAGUCCGCGGAGCAGGGGGAGGUGGAAAAUGGACGCUGUAUAACUAAGCUGGAAAACAUGGGGUUUCGAGUGGGACAAGGAUUGAUAGAAAGGUUUACAAAAGAUACUGCAAGGUUCAAGGACGAGUUAGAUAUCAUGAAGUUCAUCUGUAAAGAUUUUUGGACUGCAGUAUUCAAGAAACAAAUCGACAAUCUAAGGACAAAUCAUCAGGGCAUCUACGUACUUCAGGACAACAAAUUUCGCCUGCUUACUCAAAUGUCUGCAGGAAAACAGUAUUUAGAAUAUGCAUCAAAGUACUUAGCAUUUACAUGUGGCUUAAUCAGAGGUGGCUUAUCAAACUUGGGGAUAAAAAGUAUUGUAACAGCUGAAGUAUCUUCAAUGCCUGCCUGUAAAUUUCAAGUGAUGAUACAGAAGCUAUAGAAACUACUGAAAUGCAAGGCUUCAAUAGUGUAGAGAUAAAUUCUUCCUGUAUAAAGUAUUUCAAGUAGCAAUGAUUUAAUUACAUUGUUGGACAUUUGUAUUGAUAUAAGCUAUUUGCUAACUUAUAUAAUGAAAGAUGCACUCUUAAGCAGGAGUAAGGGUGUAUUUUAUCAAUUUAACACAGACCUUAAAGCAGGUAAAGAAACAUUCUACUGUAACACACUUUACUGAAACUAUUCAGAAUGAAAACCUAAUUUCAAAUAAGUAAACACCAAUGCAGGACCCUUAUUUAAACAUUCUUAUUUGCUUAGAGUGAUAUGUAUUUAACCAGAGAUGAAGAAACAAAACUCAGGGUUUGGUAAAUUAGCAUAAAGAAAGUAUGUACCAAUCAGAAUCUUUUCGGUAAGAAUGAACAAAUUUUGGUUUUGUUUUAUGAAUUUGUUUUAGUUAUUUAAAAAAAGCAAAUAGUACACUAAAAUUUAAACUUAAUUAUUAUUUUAUUGCUUAUAAUUUAUUUCUAUUAAGAAUCUUUAUGCUUGUAUAAGGAUUUCAUAUACAUGGUGUGUGUGUUGUGUGUGUAUGGUAUAUAUAUCAUAUUUAACUGCCUAAAUUGCUUAAAAACUUUAUUUCACUUUAAUAGAAUUCAGUUCUUGAGAGCUCCAUUAAUGUAAUGAAGUGAAAUAUAGAUCUAGAUAAAGUGAGAUAUAGAUGUGAAUUCAGUGACUCCAGGGCCAAAGAAUAUUAGGUAUUUGAGGAAGGAAUUUUUAUACUUACUCCUGUUACAGUCUUGACUUUCAAUUUCUCUCUCUCUCCAUGUGUGGAAGUGCUGGUGAAGAUUCUAACAUCUUAUCUUUUUUCCCCUUAUUUAGUCUUCCCCAAGGGCAUAGGGGUGGAUGAUUGCAUUAGUCACACCAACAUUCAUGGGACCAUAUCUUCUCAGUGGGUUGGGGUCAGUGCUCAUCUAGUGUAUCAUCUCUCACCUCCUCUCCCAUCAUCUGAUGACCAUGAAAGGACAAGCAUGGAGAUGAAAGCUAUCAUACUGAGGAAAGCAGGGUACACAGAUAGAUAGAAAGUACCUGAAUUGUGCUUCUGAAUUAACCAAUCCUGGAAUUGCUUCACCUCUGGACUUUUUGUUAUGUGAGAUAAUAAAUUCCUUAUAUUGUUUAA